AUCGAUUUUAAAAUAAUGAGUGUUAUUUGUAAAAGAAUCACCCAGUACCUAUAUAAAAAAACACUAUAGAUAUAGUAUAGUAUUGUACUAUGCUACCUAUAAUACUAUAAUACAAUAUUAAUGUGACGAUUAAAAGUCGUAAUUUGUCAUCAACAUUUUGCUAUCGAAAAAUCAACAAAAUAUUAUUUUAUAACAUUAAAGGUCACACAAUCCGUCCCCACGAGUCGCGCGGGUGUAAACGAAAAUGCACGUCCGCCACAAUUCGGCACGCAAUUAUUAAACACCCCGAAAAUCGAUAUUCUCUAUUGCGUCGUAUAUACAUGUAUACAUCAAGCAUGAGUGUAAGUAUGUACGUGACUACCUAUUUAAUAUGUAUUGGCGCGCGCGGUCACGAUUUUUGGAAAAUUUAAUACUACUUACACUACGAAGAAUUAAUAUAUAUAUAUAUAAAUAACCUUAGUAAAAUUUAUGACAUUACACUAUGCACACCCGUUACCGGAGACCGUCGAGGUAGUACGUAAAAAAUAUUGCUUUUCAGUAAUAAAGAAUAAUUUGGACACGGGUAAUUGGUAAAUAAAUUUGGUUUUGUUUACCUCCAAGCCGAAAUUGAUUUGCUGUGGAGAAGAAGAAGUAAAAAACAUUUAUUGAUAACUGAUAAGGCGACAGGGAUUAUUAUCGGGUUGAGUGUACGCCGUCGCCGACCCGUAGACCGAAGUCCGCCAAACAAAAAUCAUUAAAACGAUUAACGAACGCCGUCAGUGGUACGCUGGUGGUACUGGACGGCUUUUGAAUGUGUCCCGUUCGAUCGUAACGGGACGUAUCCAUAAGGCACCGGACAAUCGAUUCGCGUAUUCGUCUCUGUACCAUGUCGGAUCAUUCGUCAUUAGUCGCAACGUUCAAAGAAAAGCUGCGACCCAGAUAUUAUGGCAAGUCCGGCGGAGCGAACAGUCGUUACAUCAAAGAGAACAUUUACUUUAACGGUGUAGCCCUGAGGGAGUCGCUGCUGUACGACAACGAGUAUCAGGAAACACAGAACCACAAGCGCGCGCUGAUCGGCCCCAACAACAAGUCUGUCGCUUACCCGAACAACAACAAGUGUCUAGAGUUGGAAAAAGGUUGUUUCAUAUAUCAGAAUCCAGCUAGCCAUUACGACGACAACGAUUUUAUACACAAGUUCACUGACAUGUCUAUGAUUAAUGAGCUCGGAGUGGUGAACAGCAAUUCCUUUGACACAAAAACGUACAACCUGAAAAAAAAUGAUCGUGAAGAAAUUCGUAAACGCUUAGUAGAAGGUUAUCAUAACACAAGAAAGUCAACAAAAAAAUCAAGUUUAGAAUCUAGACUACAAAACGGAUCUAACUUACAACUAUGCUUUAUGAAUGAACAAUCUUCUGACACAGAAUUACCAAUUAAUAAUUGUGAUAUCUCAGUUGAAGAUGAGAAGAUAAAAUCUGCUGCUGAACUCAAGCAAGGUCUUCAUUUGGCAAAAAAUCGAGCACGAGCACAUAUGAUUUCAGAUCAGCGCAACUGUGUAAUUUCAGCUGUAAUUAAAGAAAGUCUUUCAAAAGUCGGAGUGAAGUUAGAUAAUGAUAGAAGACGUGUCAGUAGACAUUUCUUAAUGCGUUUGAAUUUGGCACAACUACAAGUUAUUGUUAAUGAUCUACAUUCUUACAUCGAAUACUUGAACGAGAGUCUUGUGAAUUUAUUACUAGAAAGAGAUGAAUUGCAUAUGGCAAAGGAUUCAAUGUUGGUUGACAUUGAAGAUUUGAAACAUGUUACUCGCAUGUCAUAUUAGUGCGAAAAAUUACUUUCACAUUUUUGAAAUAAUUUGUAAUUUAAAAGUGUGUAACUUAAAAACAUUAGGACUGUAGUGUCGGAUAUUCAUAAAUAUCAUUAAUGAUAUUUUCAUUCCUUCAAGUAUUAUACUUAUACUUAUAGUUAUUAUACAUAACUUAUAAACAAGGUUGUACUUAAAAUAUAAAUUUGGUAGGUAUUUUUAUAAAUAGGUCAUGUUUUAUUAUAUUAUAAUAUAGUCCUUUCUAUAAAAACAAAAAGUUCUUCAAAUUUCAUUAGAGGGGUGAACUACUGGUACAGCUUUGUUUAUAAAUAUUUAGAUUAUUAAAACCUAUGGUUAGUGCCUAGAAUGUAUUUAAAGGUAGUUCAAUUUUCUUUUCCUUAUGUUCUAUUAUUAUAUUACAUUGUAUUAUACUAUAAUGUGGUAUCAUUUUAUAGAUAAUUUAAUGAUUUAAAUAUAAUUAAAUCUUUCUCAUUUUACUGAUCUUAUAGUUUUUUUAAGUUUUAAUUUUACAUUUAUGUAUUAGUACUGUUAAUUAUUUUUUACUAUCAACUAUGAAUAUAUUCUUGUUAUCUUAACAUUAAAUAUAUUAUAUUAAUUCUUCAAGUUUAAAACAAUUUUUUAUUUAAAAAAUAAAUACUUCAUUUCAAGAACUUAUUACUUAUUAUAAUAAAUAACAUAAUAUAAAUUAUAAUUUUAGAUAAAAACAUCUUUAUUGCAAUAAACCAGUGGUGGCCAAACUUUUUUUACCUCGGGCCAUAAAAAAUCUUAUUUUUUAUCACGGGCCAUAACAUAACAUUUUUUUUUUUAUACUUUUAAGUCAUCAGAAUUUCAAGUAUAGGUAUAUAAUUUUAUAUUUAACGACGUUUUUAUUGUAAUUAAUAAUUUUAAUGACUUUAUUUAAUACUUAGCUUAAUAAUUACCUACUACAAAUGAAAGAAAAUUAAAUCAGCUUACAUUUCAAAAAAAAUUUAUAUGGUAAUGCUAUUUAUAUUAUUAAAUGACAUUGUAACAACAAAAACGCUACGAUAUGGCGAUACGGGAUUAAAUAUGAAGAAUGUAUACUGUAUUUUUAAUUUUAUUUUUACGUAAAUGUAAAAUAUUAUAUUAUACUUCUUUUGCGGGCCAGAUAAUAAAUGAUGGUGGGCCGGAGUUGGCCCGCGGGCCGUAGUUUGGCCACCACUGCAAUAAACCACAAAACGCUUACUAUAUCAACCGACACUACAGAAUAUACUUUAUGUUUUGCUUACGCACAAAGUUUAUUAACUAGAUACCCAUUUAACCAAAACUGUUGUUAUGUUAUUAUGUUGAACUAUUUUUAUGCUAGAAUAUUUAGAUAUUGUUUGUGUAUUGGCUUGUCUUUUUAAAUCAAUACACAAUAUUAUGAAGUAAAAAUAAAUGUUUUCUUUAUUUUA